AGUAAGAGAGCAAUUCCACUUAAACUUAUUUGUAUCUUUCUGAAUAGAGAUAGAGUGAGACAAUGGGUGCUAGUACUUCUUCACCAACCCAGAGAUUUUCGCUGAACGACCUCCGUUUCAGGAGGCCACAUACACCUGGCGUCGAGUACGAGAUUUCUCCUUACAAAGUUAGUCCCUUAAUUGUGGAAAUGAAGAAAAAGAACCAGUGGAAAUCUCGGUUCAAUGCUCUCAAAGACACAGACAAGCUGCUGGUGAUCGAGUUCACGGCCAAAUGGUGUGGACCAUGUAAAUCACUUGAGGCGAAGCUUGAAGAAUUAGCGGCCAAGUACACUGAUGUUGAGUUCGUGAAGAUUGAUGUCGAUGUGCUAAAGAGCGUGUGGAAGGAGUACAACCUUCAUGCUUUGCCUACGGUUGUAUUCAUGAAGAGAGGUCAAGAAGUAGACAGAGUUGUUGGUCUGAAGCUUGAUGAGAUAGAGGGAAAGCUCCACAAAUACGCAUACUCCUUUUGAAAAAUAUGAAGCUUUAAGAAUCAAUGUCUUAUUAUUCCGUUGAGAUAGAUUUCUCAAGAUCUAUGUGUAGCAAGAAUUGAAAGAAGAUAUUCCUUUUUAUUAAUAUUCAAUAAUAAUGUCACGUCGUCUAU